UCCAGGUUCAAAUCCCAAAUUUCUUGGAUUAAACUAGCCAAUCGAAUCGGUUUAAUUACUACACUACCAAGUCUCAAACGUAAAGAAGACUCAGAAAUCAGAAUACAGUUAAAAGCACUACUACUUCCACGUCAUUUUUGCAAUUUCAGUUCCCGUGAUCGUAACAAGCCAGCAAGAAUGACAAGCACCGGAUUCCUCUACAGCAAGGGCAUGAUUUUCUACCCGCCAGACACACCUCCCAUCUCCACCUUCCUCGAAUCCAAUCCAGGAGCUUACACCACCACACGGACACACAACAAUUCAGCAUCUCUCUUAUUCUGGGACCGACACUUACAACGACUUUCAAACUCUGUCAAAAUCCUAUUAACCUCAAACCCACAAUUUCUCUUCAAAUCCUUAAACUCCACAAUAAACCCCCUAUUGACCCCUCCUCCACCGCCAAACCCCAUGUGGGAAUCGGCAAUUAAGUCUCUCGUCAACGAGACGGUAAAUAAAGUGUUGCCAGUUGCGUUGAGGGAGACGAGAAAUGAAGGAGAGGAACUGGCAGUUACUGCUCUUGUUACUGGAAAUACAGAGAAUCUGAGUGAAGUUAAGGGAAAUGCUUAUGAGGCACUUGAUGUUCAUGUUCAUGUUGGAAGCCAUGUGCCUCACGUGUUUGGUGUUAAAGGAAAUGGAGCAAGAGUAGCUGUGGUCGGUCCUGGGAGGGAUAUUGCAGAAGCUAAGUAUUCUGAUUGGGUUAGGUUAAGGAAGUCUUUGGAAAAGUUGAGGCCUCCUUCUGUAACUGAGCUAUUGUUGUCUAAAGAUGGUGAUCGAAUACUUGAAGGUUGUGUCACGAAUUUUUUUGUUGUUUGUCGCAAGGAUGACCGAAACGAGAAAUAUUUAGGUGGUAACGAAAACACAUUUCCUUAUGAAGUACAGACAGCUCCUAUUGGUGACGGGGUCCUUCCCGGAGUCAUACGUCAAUUAGUAAUUGAAGUGUGCUUGAGCAAGGGAAUUCCAUUUCGAGAAGUUGCUCCAUCAUGGUCGGAGCAUGAAUUUUGGCAAGAAGCAUUCAUUACAAGUAGCCUGAGAAUAAUACAGCGAGUGGAGAAAAUUCAAGCUCCAAGUUCGUGGCAGUCAUUGGAACUAAAAGCCCUUAAGGAGAUCUCAUGGGAGGAAAAGCAGUUCGAGGAGGAUCCUGGGAUGAUCACAGCAUUGAUCCAGAAAGAGAUCAUGGAGAAGGCAGGCCUCUAAAGGGUAUCCGUUCUAAUGAAGGCCCCACGCUGCAUGUCAUUUAAUUUGGGAAGUUCGGAAAAGUGCAUGUCACACAAUUUAUCAUGAAAAAGACCUGACGAUAUGUUUGUUUUAUCACUUUCUGCGACAACAAUUGUCAAAAAAUGUUAUCUUCUGUCUAUUUUUCUCUGGAGAGGAGUUAGAAUUUCUUCUUUCCAAUGACUUUUGCCCUCUCUGUUUCCUCUGGCUUAGAAUUUCUUUUCUUUGCAGUGACUUUUAGCUUCUCUGUUUCCGUUGGCUCUUUACACGUGAUCUGAAAAGUCAUUAGCUAUAUACUUGUAGUCAUAGUAUUUGCCAAAUUUUACCCCUUGUUGUUCUGGGUGCUGAUUGUUAGAACUUAAUUCCAAUGAUUCUGGUGCAUGAUUGAUACUCUU